AAUUUCGUUUUUUUUUACUUUUCUUGCCUUUUCCGUCGAUCUUCUUCUCCAACACAACAAGAAUCAGAUUUGGUUGAUUCAAUUGCGCUCUUAAUUUCAGCUUGGAAGGUUAUUGUGAUUGAGAUCUAGUCUUCUGAUAAUGAAUUAUCUUCUUGGAGCCUUCAAGCCCGCGUGCAACAUUUCAAUCACUUUUUCUGAUGGCAAAAAUCGUAAACAGAUUCCCAUGAAGAAAGAAAAUGGUCAAACGGCUCUGGUGCCACUUUUCCAUAGUCAAGAUACUAUUUCCGGGAAGGUUUGCAUUGAACCAUAUCAAGGGAAAAAGGUGGAGCAUAAUGGUGUAAAAGUUGAGCUUCUUGGUCAAAUAGAAAUGUACUUUGACAGAGGAAACUUCUAUGACUUCACUUCCUUGGUUCGUGAACUGGAUGUCCCUGGAGAAAUAUACGAAAGGAAGACAUACCCUUUUGAAUUUCCAACUGUGGAGAUGCCAUAUGAGACAUACAAUGGUGUGAAUGUGCGGCUAAGAUAUGUCCUCAAAGUAACCGUCACUCGUGGCUACGCUGGAAGCAUCUUGGAAUACCAGGAGCUUGUGGUCCGGAACUACGCUCCACUUCCUGAUAUUAAUAACAGCAUCAAGAUGGAAGUUGGAAUUGAGGAUUGCCUGCACAUCGAGUUUGAGUACAAUAAAAGCAAGUAUCACCUAAAAGAUGUUAUCCUUGGGAAAAUCUAUUUUCUUCUUGUGAGAAUCAAGAUGAAGAAUAUGGAUCUUGAGAUCAGACGGCGGGAAUCAACAGGUGCAGGUGCUAAUACUCAUGUCGAGACAGAAACACUUGCUAAAUUUGAGUUGAUGGAUGGAACUCCAGUUAGAGGUGAAUCGAUACCUGUAAGACUGUUUCUGGCCCCAUACGAUCUUACACCAACGCAUCGCAACAUUAACAACAAAUUCAGCGUCAAGUAUUAUCUGAAUCUUGUACUGGUAGAUGAAGAGGAUCGCCGAUACUUCAAGCAGCAAGAAAUCACGUUGUACAGGUUGAAGGAAGACACAUCAUCUUGAUGAUAAUAACAACUGUAAGGAUUCUCAUUAUCCUUUUGAGACCUUUUGUAAAGCCUUAGACUGCGUGUACCCAGAUUGUUAUUUGGGUCGGAACUUAGAGUGAAGUUUUAACGGUACUUGUUUAGUUUGUUCAUCAAUCAAGUUCUUUUUCUCUA